UACCUCAACCUUUUUCUCUCCUCAUCCACUCUGUGCGUCGAUAACCAGCGAACUUUUUCGACAUGGGGGCGGUUUUAAGGACUGUUAGUAUUGUUUUCUUCCUUUGCUCCAUUCUCUUACCUGAUACCCUUUCCACACCUAAUGGUGGAUUGGUCAAAAUUGGACUUAAAAAGAGGAAGCUGGAUCCAAACAACCGGCUAGCUGCUCGACUUGAUUCUAAAGGAGAAGAGGCAUUGCAAGCUUCUAUUAGGAAGUACCAUCUUCAGGGGAGCUUGGAUGGUUCUGAGGAUAUUGAUAUUGUAGCUUUAAAGAACUACAUGGAUGCUCAGUACUUUGGUGAAAUAGGUAUCGGCACACCUGCACAAACUUUCACUGUGAUUUUCGACACUGGCAGUUCUAAUCUGUGGGUGCCAUCAGCGAAGUGUUAUUUCUCGAUAGCUUGUUAUUUCCAUUCAAAGUAUAAGUCAACCCAUUCAAGUACCUACACGAAGAAUGGUAAGCCAGCUGAAAUCCAAUAUGGGACUGGAGCUAUUUCUGGUUUCUUUAGCCAAGACAAUGUACAAGUUGGUGAUCUUGUGGUUAAAGACCAGGAAUUUAUUGAGGCAACCAGGGAGCCCAGUGUCACAUUUAUAGCUGCUAAGUUUGAUGGAAUACUUGGACUUGGGUUUCAAGAGAUUUCUGUUGGGAAUGCUGUCCCUGUGUGGUACAAUAUGGUUGAACAAGGUCUUGUAAAGGAGCCUGUUUUCUCAUUUUGGUUCAAUCGUGACCCCAAUGAAGAACAAGGGGGUGAACUUGUUUUUGGUGGUGUUGAUCCAAAUCAUUAUAAGGGUGAGCAUGCAUAUGUUCCUGUGACACAGAAAGGAUACUGGCAGUUUGAUAUGGGUGAUGUCUUGGUUGAUGGACAAACAACUGGAUUUUGUGCCAGUGGCUGUACUGCAAUUGCUGAUUCUGGAACCUCUUUGUUGGCUGGUCCUACGGCUAUUAUUGCUGAAGUCAACCAUGCUAUUGGAGCCACUGGUCUCGUAAGUCAAGAAUGCAAGCUUGUAGUUUCCCAAUAUGGGGAAACCAUUAUUGAGAUGCUUUUGGCAAAGGACCAACCUAAAAAAAUUUGCUCACAAAUUGGUUUGUGCACAUUUGAUGGGAGCCAAGGUGUAAGUAUGGGCAUUGCAAGUGUGGUGGAUGAGAAGAAUCAGAAAGCAUCUGGUGGUUUGCGUGAUACAAUGUGUUCUACUUGUGAGAUGGCAGUUGUAUGGAUGCAGAACCAGCUUAGGCAGAACCAGACACAGGAUCGUAUACUUAACUACAUCAAUGAGCUUUGUGAUCGGUUGCCCAGUCCAAUGGGAGAAUCUGUAGUUGAUUGUCACAGUCUAUCAUCUAUGCCUAAGGUGUCUUUUACAAUUGGGGGAAAGAUAUUUGACCUCAGUCCCGAGCAGUAUGUCCUCAAAGUGGGUGAGGGAGAUAUUGCUCAAUGCAUUAGUGGAUUUAUGGCGCUGGAUGUGCCACCUCCCCGUGGACCUCUCUGGAUCUUGGGGGAUGUCUUCAUGGGUCAAUUCCAUACUGUAUUUGACUAUGGGAACAUGAGGGUUGGAUUUGCUGAAGCUGCAUAACACAGUUCUCUUUUGCUCUAACACCUUAAUUAUUACCUAUUAGGUUUUGUGAUCAAGCCUCAGGUGCGGAUUACAUGUAAAUACCUGCACCAGGUGAGCGUAUGGUUUGUGAUCACAUUAAUGAUUGUGCUAGCACAUCAAAACUCUCCAGAUUGGUACCUGCCGUAUGUUUGUCUAAAGUAAAUAUAAAAAUCAGAGGCUGGAUUCUGCUAUUAUCAUAAUAGAUUUGGCUUCUCAUGAUUACACUACAUGCAUUGUACCAAGAUUGCUGAAUUGUUUUGCUUUUAUGUUGGAUCUAUAGCAUGUUUCUGUUUGGGUAGUGGUUCAUUCUAAGUC